ACCAUUAUUUUUAGUACUACGGAGAACAAAAUAAUGCAGUCUUCUCACAUGGUUAUCACUCCAUGAAAAACUGUGGUGGUGAAGCUGCCUCGCAAAGAUGUGACGUUAUCUAAUCAGCGUCUCCCUGCCCGGAAAAAGCCGGAAAAGGAACUGUUAUUUUCAAGCUUUUAUUUCACCACAAUCACGGAGUUAUAUAUUAUACCAAGAUUUCCGCGUUAACCUUACGCCGGAGAAACUUCAUCUGAGUGUGUGCUCUUGCUGGUUUUCAACAGGAACAUAUCGAUAAUUUAUGUCAUGGCUACACACGAUAUGGUCGGCUUUUCCGUCGUCGUUGUCCUCCUUGCCACUUCGGUUAUCACCACUGCCCGUUGUAAGCUCUCACCGAGUCAUUAUCAAUCAACAUGUCCGAAAGCAUUGUCGAUUGUUCGAGCUGGAGUAGCAAAAGCAAUCAAGAAUGAGACCCGGACGGGCGCGUCCUUGCUUCGGCUGCACUUCCAUGACUGCUUCGUCAAUGGGUGCGAUGCGUCGAUAUUGUUGGAUGACACGCCUAGCUUUGUGGGCGAGAAAACAGCAGCUCCGAACAACAAUUCCGUGAGAGGGUUCGAAGUGAUCGACCGCAUCAAGGCUAGUCUGGAGAAGGAGUGCCCUGGAGUGGUUUCCUGUGCAGAUAUCGUUGCCCUGGCUGCUCGCGACUCAGUCGUUCAUUUGGGAGGUCCUUCAUGGACCGUAAGCUUAGGGAGAAAGGAUUCCAUUACUGCUAGCAGGAGCCUUGCUAACACCUCCAUACCUCCACCUACUUCUAAUCUCAGUGCUCUCAUAACCAGCUUCGCUGCUCAGGGUCUUUCAGUCAAGAACAUGGUGGCUCUUUCUGGUUCACAUACCAUUGGCCUAGCGAGAUGCACUUCCUUCCGAGGACGGAUCUACAACGACUCGAACAUAGAUACAUCCUUCGCCCAUAAAUUGCAGAAGAUAUGUCCCAAGAUUGGAAAUGAUAGUGUCCUUCAAAGGCUAGACAUCCAAACGCCGACCUUCUUUGACAACCUUUACUACCACAAUUUACUGCAGAAGAAGGGCCUUCUUCACUCUGAUCAAGAGCUCUUCAAUGGCAGUUCUGUGGAUUCACUGGUCAAGAAGUAUGCAUGCGACACAGGAAAAUUUUUCCGAGAUUUUGCCAAGGCAAUGAUCAAAAUGAGCGAAAUUAAGCCCCCCAAAGGAAGCAAUGGUCAAAUAAGGAAAAAUUGCAGGAAAGUGAACUAAGUAUGAAGCUCAUAUAUGCAAUUUGAAACUGCCACAUAUGAACACGGUAGUGAAAUCAGGGCUCGAUAAUGUCCCCUGACAAUUUGUCGUCAUGUAUCUGUCUUCUUGACUAAUUUGUGGUUGCUGCUUGAAAAAUAAAGGAGCUCGUCUCAGUUUCUGUAAACCAGUAUUAAGAUCCACUCGUCUUUCUUAUUAUUAGCAGCAUGCAGCAAAUUAGCAUCA